AACCGGGACCGAGUGAGGCCGGAGACCGGGAGCUGCGCCUCGGGUUUCGGCUGCAACACCGGCGGGUCCUGAAUCCUUUCGAAGGCAGAGCUGAAGAGACUGGCGGAGAUUCCGUGAGAUGUUUCAGCUACACGGAGGGUGCCCGGCGUUUCCCCGCCGAGGAUCGGGGCCUGUUGUCUCGAGUUCCCCCUCAAGACCGAUUCCCUGCUGCUGGGAGACGGGAGCUGCCCCGCAGCGGCUGCCGAUGGAUCUCCGGUGCUCUCACCGCUCCCCUGUGCAAUCCGAAUGGCUGAAGUCCAAGGGAGAACAAGGCACAAAGAGGAAACGGGAGCAUCCAGAGGAAACCCAGGUCCUCACGGGGAGAACAGCGGCAGGAAUUGAAACCCAGUCUUCCAAUUGCUGGGGCUGUGAAGAGUGAAGUUAACUGCUACAUUACCAUGUCCCCUGGAUUGCAUCCUUCUCUUUGCAAUAGUCUCCGACAAAACCAAGAUGGAGGGCAGGUGCUUGGCUAAGCAGUCGUGUCUCACCGAUAUACACGAGGUCUCGCCGGGAAUGGAGAUACGGCAGAUAACACCCGACGGGCUUACAGUUGGAGCUCAGGACCCUCCUCCUUCACCCUGCGAUCCCCUCGGACCACCUCGACCUGCCGCCUGGGACCAACAACGGUGGUCGACCAGACUCUCCACAGGAGUCCGUCUCCGUCUCCUCUCCUCGCCGAACACCACGGACCUCGGACUCCUGAUCGGGGUCCGACCCCGCUAGCCGACUCACAGCACCUUGUCCAUCCUCACUCUCUCUCUCACGCCUUCUGCCCCAAAACUUUGAUGUAUGUUGUCUGCAGAUUUCCUUCUGUUUGCUCACACGCGCAUGCGCAGAGGUAUGAGGUAAUCCCAAAUAUCGCGCAUGCGCUCAGUAGACGAGAGGCUCACAAAGACCGGCCGCAGGUUUGAAAUGGCAGAACACUUGUGUAUGGGAAUCUCAAACACAACAACACAUCAGUUUUUCUGUCUGGAUAUUUAAGGAGCGACCAAAUUUAUUCUUUGCAACACCAGCACAUCUGGUGUUGAUUCUUGGACGUGAAGAAGUAUCUCAUCCCAUCUGGUGAUGUAUUCUGUCUCUGAGAUGAAGUUUUCUGUUUUUACUCUGUGUAAUUCACUGGAACCGGGAGCUGAGAACACACCAGCAUUUGUUCACUGGAGAUCAGUUCUUCAACUGCAUCAAUCGUACAAGGCAUUCAAACAUCUGACUUUCUGAAUUGCCAGAGAAUUGUUCGCAGUGAGAUAUCAUUCUCCUUCUCUCAGUGUGGGAAGAGAUUCACUCACAGGCUACCCACAGACACGCCAGUGAGUUCACAGUGGGGAGAGGCCAUUCACCCGCUCUGUGUGAGGGAGGGCAACCACUCAGUCAUCCAGUCUGAAGACACAUCAGCAAGUUCACACCAUAGUGAGAUGCUCCACCUGUUCUGCAAGCGGGAAGCCAUUCUGUUAUUGAUGCUAAAGGUAUAUCAGAAAAUACACCAGUGAGAGGGCAUUGACCUGCUCGGACGGUGGGAAGGCACUCAAUCACGCCACAGUGACACCAGUGAGUUCACACCGGGGAGAAGCCAUUCACAUGCUCUGAAUGUGGGAAAGGAUUCACUCAAUCAUCUCAACUGAAUGAACACGAGCGAGUUCACACUGAAAAGAUGCCGUUCACCUGCUCAGACUGUGGGAAGGGAUUCACUCAUUCGUCCACACUACAUAGACACCAGCGAGUUCACACCGGGGAGAGGCCAUUCACCUGCUCAGACUGUGGGAAAGGAUUCAUUCAGUCAAACGACCUGCUACAACAUCAGUUAGUUCACACUGGGAAGAGACCAUUCACCUGCUCAGACUGUGGGAAGGGAUUCAAUCAGCGUUCUCAACUCCAGACACACCAGCGACUUCACACUGGGGAGAGACCAUUCAUCUGCUCAGACUGUGGGAAGGGAUUCAUUCGCUUUUCCGCACUACAGAGUCAUCGGCGGGUUCACACUAAGGAGAGGCUAUUCACCUGCUCAGACUGUGGGAAGGGAUUCACUCACUCGUCCAAUCAACAGAGACACCAGCGAGUUCACACUGGGGAAAAGCCGUUCACUUGCUCUGAAUGUGGGAAGGGAUUUGCUCGGUCAUCUGAACUGAAGGUACAUCAGCGAGUUCACACCGGGGAGAAGCCAUUCAGCUGCUCUGAAUGUGGGAAAGGAUUCAUUCAUUCAUCUCAGCUCUUGAAACACCAGCAAAUUCACACUGGGGUGAAACCAUUCAUCUGCUCUGAAUGUGGGAAGGGAUUCACUGAUUCAGCUCAUCUGAAAGAACAUCAGUUUGUUCACACUGCAGAGAGACCGUUCACCUGCUCAGACUGUGGGAAAGGAUUCAUUUGGCAUUCUCAUCUGCUGACACACCAGUUAGAUCACACUGGGGAGAAACCAUUCACAUGCUCCGAAUGUGGGAAGGGAUUCACUUGGCAAUCUCAACUGAAGGAACAUCAGCAAGUCCACACUGGGGAGAAGCCGUUCACUUGCUCUGAAUGUGGAAAGGUAUUUUCUCGGUCAUCUCAACUGAAGAUACAUCAGCGAGUUCACACUGGGGAGAGGCCGUUCAGCUGCUCUGAAUGUGGGAAAGGAUUCAUUUGUUCAUCUCAGCUCUUGAAACACCAGCGAAUUCACACUGGGGAGAAACCGUUCAUCUGCUCACAAUGUGGGAAGGGAUUCACCUAUUCAAGUCAGCUGAAAGAACAUCAGUUUGUUCACACUGCAGAGAGGCCGUUCACCUGCUCAGACUGUGGGAAAGGAUUCAUUCGGCAUUCUCAACUACUGACACACCAGUUAGAUCACACUGGGGAGAAACCAUUCAUCUGCUCUGAAUGUGGGAAGGGAUUCACCCAUUCAGCUCAACUGAAGGAACAUCAGCGACUUCACACUGGGGAAUGGCCAUUCACUUGCUCAGUUUGUGGGAAGGGAUUCACUCGGUCAUCUCAACUGAAGGUGCAUCAGCGAUUCCACACUGGGGAGAAACCUUUCAGCUGCUCUGAAUGUGGUAAAGGAUUCACUCGGUCAUGUCAACUGAAGCUACAUCAGCGAGUUCACACUGGGGAGAAACCGUUCAGCUGCUCUGAAUGUGGGAAAAGAUUCACUGGGUCAUCUCGACUGAAGGUACAUCAGCGAGUUCACACUGGGGAGAGGCCAUUCACGUGUUCUGAAUGUGGGAAGGGAUUCUUUGAGUCAUCUCAACUCAAGAAACAUCAGUUUGUUCACACUCGGGAGAGGCCAUUCAGAUGCUUUGAAUGUGGGAAGGGUUUUGCUCGGUCAUUUCAACUGAAGGUACAUCAGCGAGAUCACGCUGGGGAGAGACCAUUCAGCUGCUCUGAAUGUGGGAAGGGAUUCACUUUGUCAUCCAAACUUGUGUGGCACUACCGAAUUCACACUAGGGAGAAACUCCUCACCUGCUCAGAUCGUGGGAAGGAAUUCACUCGGUCGUCUGAGUUUAAAAUACAUCAGCAAAUUCACACUGGGGGAUGCCACUCUCCUGUUCUGAAUGUGGGAAAGGAUUCACUCAGACAUCCCAAUUAAGACUAUAAGAUAUAGGAGCAGAAGUCGGCCAUUCGGCCUUUCGAGUCUGCUCCGCCAUUCGGUCAUGGGCUGAUCCAAUUCUUCCAGUCAUCCCCACUCCCCUGCCUUCUCCCCAUACCCUUUGAUGGCCUGGCUAAUCAAGAACCCAUCUCUCUCUGGCUUAGAUGCGCCAAAGGACUUGGCCUCCACAGUUGCUUGUGGCAACAAAUUGCACAAAUUUACCACCCUCUGACUAAAGUAAGUUCUCCUCAUCUCUGUUCUAAAUGGAUAUCCUCCAAUCCUGAAGUUGUGCUCUCUUGUCAUAGCCUCCCCGACACAUUGGGAAUAACUUUCCCAUAUCUACUCUGUUCAGAGCUUUUAACAUUCAGAAUGUUUCAAUGAGAUUCCGUCCACCCCCCACUGCCUCCCGGCCCCCACCAUUCUCCUGAACUCCAGGGAAUACAGCCCAAAAGAAGACAGAUGCUUCUCGUAUGGUAACCCUUUCAUUCCUGGAAUAAUUCUUGUGAAUCUUCUCUGAACCCUCUCCAAUGUCAGUAUAUCCAUUCUAAAAUAAGGAGCCCAAAACUGCACACAAUACUCCAAGUGUAGUCUCAUGAGAGCCUUAUAGAGCCUCAACAUCACAUCCCAGCUCUUAUAUUCUAUACCUCGAGAAAUUAAUGCCACCAUUGCAUUCACCUUCUUCACCACCGACUCAGCCUGGAGGUUAACCUUUAGGGUAUCCUGCACAAGGACUUCCAAGUUCCUUUCCAUCUCUGCAUUUUGAAUUCUCUCCCAAUCUAAAUAAUCGUCUGCCUGUUUAUUUCUUUCACCAAUAUGCAUGACCAUACACUUUCCAACAUUGUAUUUCAUUAACUACUUCUUGGCCCAUUCCCUGAAACUAUCUAAAUCUCUCUGCCAGCACUCUGUUUCCUCAGCACUACCCGCUCCUCCACCUAUCUUUGUAUCGUCGGCAAAUUUAUCCACAAAUCCAUUAAUCCAACAGUCCAAGUCAUUGACAUACAUUGUAAAAAGCAGUGGUCUCAACAUCGACCACAGUGGAACUCCAGUGGUAACCGGCAGCCAGCCAGAAUAGGAUCCCUUUAUUCCCACUCUGUUUUCUGUUGAUCAGCCAAUGCUCCACCCAUGCUAGUAAAUUCCCUGUAAUUCCAUGGGAUUUAUCUUGCUAAGCAGCCUCAUGUGCAGCACCUUUCAAAGGCCCCUGAAAAUCCAAGUAUACCACACCUACUGCAUCUCCUUUGUCUACCCAUCUUGUAAUUUCCUCAAAGAAUUGCAGUAGGUUAGUAAGGCAGGAUUUUCCUUUCAAGAAACCACGCAGGCUUUGGCCUAUCUUGUCAUGUGCCUCCCAGUACUCCGUAAUCUCAUCCAUAACAAUCGAUUCCAGCAACUUCCCAACCACUGAACUCAGGCUUUCAGGUCUGUAGUUUCUUUUCUGCUGCCUCCCACCCUUCUUAAAUAGCGGAGUAACAUUUGUAAUUUUCCAGUCAUCAGGUACUAUGCCAGAAUCUAUCAGUUCUUGAAAGAUCUUUAGUAAUGCCUACAAAAUCUCUCCAGCUAUUUCCUUCAGAACCCGAAGGUGCAUUCCAUCAGAUCCAGGAGAUUUAUCCACCCUCAGACCUUUAACCUUCCUGAGCACCUUCUCAGUUGUAACUUUCACUGCAUGUGCUUCACUUUCCUGACACUCUUGAAUGUCCGAUAUUCAGUACUGCAGAUGCCUUCCACCGUGAAGAAUCAUGCAAAAUACGCAUUCAGUUCCUCUGCCAGCUCUGUGACUCCCAUCACAAUAUCUCCCGUGUCAUUUUCUAUUGGUCGUUUAUCUAUUCUCAACUCUCUUUUACCCAAUGGCAGCCAUCCUUUAGCCAAGUUUCAGAUUUGGCCACAACGUCAUAUUGCCAAUCUAGCUGAAUUUCAAGACCAUCCACUUUAUUUUUUAUGCUGCGAGCAUUCAAAUACAGCACUGUGUGGUGCACCCUCUCCAAACCUGUCAUGCUACGUUUUGGAGAACAGGAACCCCCGAACUUGCCGGAAAGUCUGAGGAAUAGAAAUGAAACUUAACUGAGAAGAUGUUGGGACAUGAAAAUGCAUUUUGGACUGAUGAGGCUGAUGUUUGUUACUCCAGGAUUACUUACAACACUAUUGGAGCGACCAAGGAUACCCCUUUCUGAGAGAGGUCUCGCCGGUCAUCCGGUAUUGAAUGAACUCCGCACGUAUACACAGGGGAGAAACUGUACAACUGCUCAGACUGCGGGAAGGAAUUCACUCAAUCAUCUCAACUGAAUGAACAUCAGCGAGUUCACACUGGGUAGAAGCCGUUCAUCUGUUCCAACUGGGAAUGAAUUCACACUUUCAUCUUGCCUGUCUACACACCAGACUGUUUUCAGCAGUGAGAGGACGUUGACCUGCUCAGACUGUGGGAAGACAUUGACACACUCAUCCACACUGCAGAGACAGUGGCGGGUUCACACUGUGGUGAGGGUGGUCACCUGCUCUGAAUGUGGGAUGGGUUUCAAUCAGUCACUCAUCCUUGUGUCACCCUGCCGGGCUUUGACCCAUCAUUAAUCGGAGAGAUCAGAAGCUUCAGAGGACGGAAUUCACUCAAGUUGGCCAAUUGAGCAUUAAAGGCAGUGGUUUCAGGGCAGGUUAUUUUUGAGCUUUCACCAGGGGCCAGUCAACAGUCGGGUUUGAUUAUCAAGAAGAUGCCAACGUUAGGCAGCAGCAAAUGGAGUGGCCGAUGCUGGACUGGGCAGAGUUGGAGUAGAGACUUUGAGGCUUUACCUCUUUGAGGGUUCAGUCAGGACAGCCUUCGCACAGAGAAGGCAACAUUACACUGGAGGUGGAAGUUUUUUUGCCCCCUUCCUCACAUUUGCUCAGUUAGAACAGUCGAGAUGCCAGGCAGGAUAGUGGAAAGCUCCUCUUGCGGGAUGUGGGAAGGCAGGAGACCCUCCUGUGUCCCCGAUAACUACACCUGUGAGAAGGGCAUCCAGCUUCAGCUCCGAAUAAUCCACAUUAAGGAGUGGGAGCUGGAACUGGAUGAACUCCAGAUCAUUCGAGAGGCCGGAGGGGUGAUAGGUAGGACAUAUAGAGAGGUAGUUGUAACCAGGCUGUACGCCACAGGGAACUGAGUGACAGUCGCAAAGCGGAAGUGGGGGGUGGGGGAAGCAAGUGCAGUGUACCCCUGUGUCCACCCCCUGAACAACACAUAUAUCACUUUGGUCACAGUUAAAGACGGUGGGAUGACCUGGCCAAGGAAGGUCACAGCAGGAGGGUCUCUGGCACUUAGUCUGGCUCUGAGACUGAGAAGGGGAGGGUGGAGAAGAGGCGAGCUGUGGUCAUUGGUGAAUCAUUAGCUAAGGGAACUUACUGGAUGUUCUGUGGGUGGGAAUGAGAUUCCAGGAUGGUAUGUAGCUUCCUGUGUUCUCCAGGUCUGGGUUAUCUCCAGCCGAGCACUCAGCUUUGCUCAGGAGGGUGAACAGUGAAGGUCGUGAUCCAUGUGGGUACCAAUGAUAUGGGCUGGUAGAGUAACAAGGUUCUGCAAAGGGAGUUCAGGGAGUGAGGUGCUAAGUUAAAGGGCAGCUCGUCCAGGGCUGUGACCACAGGUCUGUCACCUUUGCCACAUGCCAAGAAUAGGAACAUUAUACAGUUUAACAUGUGUCUAAGGAUUUGGUGCAGGAGGGAGGGCAUAAUGUUAUUGGAUCAUUUGAGCCCACAAGGAUUACUGUAUGUACAGGAGUUUGCAUUGGUGUAGAGGGGACAUGGUUGCUGGAGGGUGAAGUGGGCGGACAGGUCUCUCUCUCUCUGUCAGACACACACAAACAUAUGCAGUGGAGUGUGAGGGAGGGGAGUGAGGAGGGAUAAGGGGAAUGAGGAGGAUGGUGUUAGGGCUCAUUCACAAAGUCUCAGACUCACCCAACCGUCCCCCUCUGGAAUUGGUCCCAUUCCCUACCCCAGGCUGGGGGUGAGCAUUGAGUUGCCUUGCCAACAAGAAACUGAAUUGUUUGAUAGCAUCUGGUGAACAUACUUUGAUAAUAAAUUUACGUUGAACUUGAACAUUGAAACGUAUUGUUUUUAAAACUUGUACUGAUGAGAAAUGAUCUCUGUGAAGAUCCAGGAGUGGAAAAUGAACCGGUGUUCAGCCCCACUGCUCCAUGCCAGACAAGAACCCCUAUCUGAGUCUGUCCCAUCUGUCUGUGCUUGACACACCUCCCUCUAAAGUUUCCUUUUUCUGUACCUGUCCCAGUGUCUUUUAUUUUCCUUCACAACCUCAUUCUCCUGCCUUCACCCUUUAACCUUUGAUGACUUUACUAAUCAAUGUAUGUUUUAUCUAAACAGGAUGACUUGGCCUCUGAGCCGUCCGUGGCAAUGAAUUUCACAGGUUCCUCAUCUGUCUAAAUGCAUGCUCUCUGGUAUUUGACAUUGUGACCCAGAAGAUUAAAAAUGGCAGUUAUCUACUCUAUCGAGAUCUUUCGUUAUCUGAUCAACUUCUAUCAGGUCACCCUGAGCUCCUCCACUCCAGAGAAAACAGCCCAAGUUUAUCCGAACUCUCCUCAGACAGUAGCUCAUGAUUCCAAUCCACACAACAUCCUGGUGAACCUCUUCUGCAAUCUCCUCAUUGCUGCCCCAAACACCAGUGGUGUAAUGGACUUCACAAUUUGGAACAGCCUUCCAGAUGCUGUGGUUGGAAACAUCAGCGACGAUGGGUUCCAAGUCUUCAAGAGUCGAGUGCACAAACACCUAUCAUCUCUGGGAGGGAAGGCACAUGCUUCUUCAUAAGAUAUGAUGAAGGGGACCAGGAUGGCAAUGCUUGGCUGUUGGCAGGUUUGAAAUUGCAGAGCACUUGUGUACGGGAAUCUUAAACACAACAAAACAUCAGUUUUUCUGUCUCUGUCUGGAUAUUUAAGGAGUAACCAAAUAUUUUCUUUGCAACGCCAACACAUCUGUUGUCGAUCCUUG